CACUAGCAAAUGAAUUCUUUGAAAAUCUCCAUUUUGUUCUUCUUCAACUUCUUCUUUCUUCUUUUCCCUGGUUCUGUUACAUGUAGAACAACCUGUCAUACUCCUCUGUCGUGUGGUAAUGGGGAGCCUGGAGUCCUUUUCCCUUUCAGAUUAGAAGGUCGACAUAGAGAGGUAUGUGGUAUCCCCGGUUUCAGUCUUUCUUGCAGUAGUUCAAAUAAAACAGUCUUAGAGCUUCCUUUACCUGGAAAGUUUUUUGUUCAAAACAUCUAUUAUAAUUUACGGGUUAUAGAAAUCUACGACUCUGAUAACUGUCUCCCAAGAAGUCUUUUAAACCUAAGUCUCUUAGGUUCCCCUUACCAGUCAGAUGGUCGAAAUGAGAACUACACGUUUCUUAAUUGUUCAUCAGCUUCUGUUGAUCUGAGCAAUAUCUCUUCAUUAUACGUUCACAUCCAUUGCCUUAGUAGUUCCGCACACACCAUAUUGGCAACAAAUGUGACUACUCACCGUAUUCAACCGCUGAAUUCAAGCUGUGAGGUAAUUGAUACUGUAUCAGUACCGGUGAUGAGCACACUUGAUGGUUUUUCUAAUCAAAUUAGUGACGUUCUUCGUCUCACGUGGUCGCGCACACCAGCUGAUGAUACAUCACAGGGUAUUAUCCGCAAAACAAUGAUUCUUGUUUUCGGUAUUUGCAUUGGGUUUCCAAUUCUAAUAUUCUUCAUAUGCUAUUACUGUCCAUGGGUCAUAAGGUCUUACUGCUACGGGGAUCGCAGGUUAUUUGUUGCAGUUCCGCCGCAAUCGAAUGAUCGCUCGAUAUUUUCCUCAUUUGGAUAUCAGCCAUCCUUCAUAGCCGCACGCGGAUAUCAGCGGUCUUUCAUAGCCGCGCGCGAACAACCUGUCAAAGCUGGCCUUGACAGUUCGAUCAUUGAAUCCUUUCCAAGAAUACUUCUUGAUGAAAAGCUACGACUGCCAAAUCCAAAUGAUACAACUUGUUCAAUAUGUAUAUCAGAGUAUCUACCGACGGAGACAUUGAAGAUUAUACCAUCCUGUAACCACUACUUCCAUGCAAAGUGCAUCGAUCAAUGGCUUAGCAUGAGUUCAACAUGUCCUGUUUGCCGAGAAUCUCAAAGUCUCCAGUCACUGUUUCCAUCUGCUGUUGCUCCCUAGCUCUCUACCCAUGAUGUCUUUCCUGUCUGGCAAACAUUGUUUAUUCUU